GGCGGCGCUACAGUCAAAGAGGGAAGUUGUGUACGUACGUAUAAUAGCUGGAGCGAGUCCUUGCUGCAAGUAGAAAUGUCAUGACGGAGGGGGAGAGUGAACCUGUGCGGAUGGAGGAGCGGGAAGAAGGGGAGGAGUCCUUGCUGCUGAGCCCUGGUGGUGGUCCCUGCUCGAGGCCCGCGGCAGACGACGGCGAGGAGACGGAGAUAGUGUUUCUAGAUUCCAGCCACAGCCUGGCCAGCCAGCUCACCUGCUCAGAACUAGAAAAUGAGUCGUCCAGGCUACAAGAGGUCACCCUCCAUCUCAGCCAGCUGGUCGGGAGCUACGACACUCACACACUUACCAACGCAUGCAGAGGACUUGCAGAAUCGAUGCACGAAGCGGACGACGCAUCGUUGCAGCUGCUCUGUGAGAGAGACGUGGUUGGUGUGAUUAUCAAGCUAAUGGAGGAGCUGCCCACUCACCACGCCCUUCAAGAGAUGUUUUGUGAUAUUCUGCUUCAAUGCAACGAGAAGAUUGAGCUUCGAACUGCAGUUGACGACCACAAUGCAUACAGAGUUGUGUUGGAGGUGCUAAAGAGACACAGGGACAGACCCGAGUUGCUGGGAAAAGCUCUCCAAACUCUCGCCUCAAUUGCCAGCACCACGAUCAGGGAGGGUCCGCUGCGCGAAGCAAUGGUGUUCAUGACAGUAGUAUCUCUCCUGAGGGACUAUCCUGACCACCUCACAGUACAGAGUGGAGGGCUCCAGGCCCUUGCCCACCUCCUUAGAUCUGAUUCGUAUGCUGCAGCAACAGUGGUACUUCAGGAUGACCAUAGACUCAUUCUUGAUUCCCUGGAACGACAUCGGGACAACCCAGCUGCUGUCGUCAGUGCUCUCAGCGCUCUAGAGGUGGUGUGCAGUAUGUGCAGUACUGAGCAAGGUGUGACAUCACUGCUGAACAGCCCGGCUCUCCAGCUAUCAGUGGAGGCCAUGCAGUCUUUCAGUGGAGAUGGGGAAGUGGUGAGGGAAGGAUGUGGGGUCCUCAAUGCUCUUGCUGAGGCCGCGUUGAAGUAUCCCUCGGCCCAGUUCCAGACUGGUUUGGAACAGAACCAGGUCUCGGAGCUCCUGGUUGCCAUCCUACAACAGUACAGCUCUCUCACUGACAUACAGGUAUUGGCGCUGAGUGCCCUGGGGAACAUCCUCCUCCUGCCCCUCCCCUCCCUCGCCUCCCUCAACUCGUACAACCUCCUGCGUCUCAUCAACGCCGCCUUCGAGAGCUCCGCGGUGGAGGACACCCAUCUCCAGGAGGCCUGCUGCAGAUGUCUGGCCAGACUAAUGGAGAGGAACCAGGACCUCCACUGCUUCAUCGGGAGAGACUCGCCCAAGAUACAAUUUCCUCUGCACGACUGUGUCUGGCUGGUUCUCUUGGCUCAGACAAAGAACGCCAACCCCAGAGUGUUCCAGGCAGUGGCACUGGCUCUCUACUACCUGGCCGUGGACAGCGAGGUCUUACAUGCAAUACUGCUGGAGAAAGGAGCGGCAGUGGCAGUACUGGAAGGUGUGAGGGAGUUCUUACAGGAAUACUCUCGCGACGAACUCUGUGUCGAGUAUGGCUGCCGAGCACUCGUGGCACUUAUCAUGCAAAACUGCUCAGACUCGGACAAGAACUACCUGUUUCAGCUGGACAUAGUGGGAGACAUUACGACAAUUCUCGACAUCUUCAGGUUUGAUCCUGGAGUCAUCUCCGAGGCGUUUGGAGUGAUUGCCUGCCUCUCUACCCUCUCGGUCUUUGUCGAUACCAUUGGCUGCGUGGGGGUCCACAGACAGAUACUGAGGGCAACGAAGCAGUACAGUCAUCACUCGGUGUUGGUGGAGAGUGGACUGGAAGUCAUCAUUGUCCUUUCACAAAACAAGACGAUGAACUCCCAGCUGAAUGACGGAGAUGCACUUGACUGCGUCGCAGCGCUUAUGAAACACCACAUCAACUCACCACCGAUCCAGAGGAAGGGGUGUCUGGUGGUGCGACUGCUGUGCUCGGCAGAAUACCUCACCUCUCAGCCUCUCUGUGUCUCUCUCGCCAGCGCCGUCGUCGGAGCUCUCGCUCAGUGGAAGACUGAGCCUCAGGUGGAGGUCGAGGCCCUGGUGUGUAUCCAUAAGCUGUGCCUCACAUCGGAGCAGAUGGCCAGAGCUCUGGUGAAGAGGGACCUCCACCUACUCCUGUUCAGUAUGAUAUACGACUGGAGAGAGAGGACCGGAGAGAUGGAGGAGGAGGAGAGGGAGAAGAGAGAAACGUCCGCAGCACCUUCAAGUCCAGGGCAGUACGAAGUGGAGAACGAACGAGAUUUUGUGUUGAGGGUCGGAACGGACAUUCUGUUCUCGUUGGCCUGUGUGCAUGACUUCAAACAAGAGAUGCUGGCUACUGCCGUCAAAGAUGGCUUACUCGAGGGAGUGCGUGUGUUAGUUGAGGACAUUGGUGCCGAUGUGAAUGUGGGAGGAGGGAGAGUGGGAGAGGGAGGUGACGUUGUGAGCAGGGUGGAGGUGGGAGGGGAGCAAGGAGGCAGGUCCGACAACAGAAACCACACCCCCAUCUGCCUCGCCGUGCUCUCGGAGAAGAAAUCCAUGGUCGAGCUCUUACUGGACCUGGGAGCAACCCACGUGCACCCUGCACUCCGCUUGGCCAGGGAACUAAAACUGGACGACAUUACGGGCCUCCUUCUCAAAAACCUCUGUCUCGAUCGCAACGGGGAGACGGUGAACCUCAGCGGACUGGAGCUACAGUCAGUCAAACCGCAGUGGAUCUUGCCCUGUCUCGGGGUGAACGAAACUCUCCGCACGAAUCUGCAACGUCGGAAGAGCUUUGACAGAAUCAAGGACCUUCUCUCCCGGCGAAAGAGCAUCGGUUGCAUCGAGGACAAGAACUUGGAGCUCUUGAGGACGAAAAUGGAGACCUUGCUGAGAGAAAACGGAGAGGGUUUCUCGUCUGGAGCCGACGGUGAGUCUCGGUGUGGCGACGAGCCCGAUUUCGAUCUUCCGGAAGCUUCUUCCCAUCUCCUUGGCCACCGCAGGACACUGUCGGGGACCGCCAACGUCGACUUGGCCGAACUGAAACCCAUCUCUCUCCUCCCUCCACCUCAAACGAGGAGGGAGAACGGUAUCGGCUCUCUCCAGAGAUUCAGCAUCCGCUCGGCAUCGUCUCACAGCAGCGACAUCAUGGACUCUCCAACGAGCCCUCUUGUACCACCCUCCCCCAUCGCAGUAGGUGCGGGGGGGUUGUUCCCGGGGGACAGAAGGAGUAGUCGCGGGACGCUCGUCUUGAGUGCAGGGCCAGGCAGCCCCCACCAGCCGCGAACACCGCAGCGAAGACACCACGAGAAGCUCAACUCGCUCAUGCUCCAGAAAACCAGUGCUACGCAUAGAGAGCUCUUCCCCGUCUCCCCCUCCCACCCCUUCCCUCAACCAACUGCUCCUCUGUCCAUCGACACCGACAGAUUCGAACCACUCAACACCGUGGCUCUAUUAAUACCAAAGAAAGUUUCAAACAUGAGCCCAUCAGUUCUCCUUCGCCGGAUGUCUCUGUGGGGGAAGAAACAGGCCAAGCCGGGGGUAAUAAAACUACCGGCUACUCCUGGGAACUCUUUCUCUCGUCACAGCUCCCCUCCCGCGAGGAUAUUCACCGAUCUCACCAUGCAGAGCAUGAGCGGUGAUUCCAGAGACUCCACCCCCGUCCCCUCUGACUUCAAGAGACCCCGGAGCCUUGCCCGUGUCCCGACCGACGAGGGAAUUGGUACGGGGCCAACUCCAAUCCCGACUGGCAAUACGCACAACAGCUUUGCUGCAAGAGUGACUCCAAAUGGCAGCGGUUUCCCCCUCUCCCCCGGUUCAGACAGUACGGACGGCGGAGACGGAAGUCUAUUCUCUCCAACUUCCUCCUCUGCCACCGCGGCGUUCGGCGUUCUUAGCCACAGACGUAGGAGACCAUCUUCUUCCCUCUCCUCCUCUUCCUCCAUAUCUGCGAGUCCCUGGUCGGAGGAUUCGAGAGCGGCUGAAAACAGUCUGGUUUUUGCUGCCAAGUUUUCCAGCCGUGCCUCGUCUGAAGUGAGGGAAAAGGUUACGUCGGCUCGACUUGUGAAGGUGCUGGAUUUGUCCUCAAACUCGCUGGCGGGGCUGGAGAAGAUGGUGGGGGAGGUGGGGGAGGGAGGGAGAGAGGACCGGGAGAGAGGGGAGAUGGUGUGCCAGCGACUGCGCGGCCUCCAGCGUCUCGAUCUCAAGCAGAACCGGCUGUCUCGUCUCCCUCGCUGCCUCAUGAGGGAACUGAUGAAAUUGAGUAUUCUCAACCUCAGUUGCAAUGGAUUUGCGGAGCUGCCUGCACAGAGUGUUCUCAGUCCUGCUCUCACGUCCCUCGAUCUCUCCACCAACAAGAUUGGCAGUAUCCCAGAUCUCCCAACUCUCCCCAAUCUCACCAAGAUAGUGCUGGCCGACAAUCUCCUCACCCACUUCCCCACAGCCAUCAACGGAGCCUCUCUACCUCACCUCAGAGUCCUCAGCCUCAGAAGCAACAAGAUAUCAGAGCUGGUGGAAGGAGACCCGCGACUGAGACACCUGGAGGAACUCUACCUCUCAAAGAACAGCCUCAAGACUGUUCCAGAGCUCUUCAUGGCCUCCAUGCUCUCCCUCAAGAUACUGGACCUCUCUCACAACCAGCUGGAGCUGUUGCCGGGGGAGAGGGCAGAGGAUCUGGUGGAACUCUCAACUCUAAAGGUGGGCCACAACAAGUUGGGCAGGAGGCAGGCAGAGUUCAACCAAUUCAUCACAUCUGCACCUGUUCUUCGACUGGUGGACGCCACAGAGAACGAGCUGUCACUCCUACCUCCUCCCCGGGCGUGGAAGUCGUGCGGCCUCAAAGACCUCCGUCUCAACGGGAACCGUCUCUCCCACCUCGACCUGGACAAGUGCGACAAGUUCUGGCCUCAACUGGAGAGCCUUUACGUCGGGCAGAACAACCUGAGGGAAAUACCGAAGGAGAUAGGACAGCUGCGGAGUCUGAGUUGUCUGGACAUCAGCCACAACGACAUCCGCCACCUCCCGGACGAGCUGGGGCUCCUGGACCACCUCUUCCUCCUCAACCUCCAGGGCCUCGACAAGCUCUCCCUCGACCCCACCCUCCUUAGGGGACCCACCAAGAACAUCACCGCCUUCCUCAAGUCACGCAGAGUCAAGAGUGUUCCGUACUACCAGAUGAAGAUGAUGUUGGUGGGAGGUCCGGGGAGGGGGAAGACGACUCUACUUCACCAGCUGCUGCAGGAGAAGCUGCCCAGCCACGGCAGGAGCAAUGUCGCCACUCUUGGAGUCAGCGUGAAACAGUGGAGUUACGUGAGUGAGUCAAAGACCUACCACAUCAGCUGCUGGGACUUUGCCGGUCAAGAGGAGUUCUAUUCCACCCACCAGUGCUUCCUCACCUGUCGCUCCAUCUACCUCGUGGUGUAUGAUAUCAGUAGAGGUGAGAGUGAGCUGUCUUACCUCAUUCCGUGGCUGCUGAACAUCCAGGCCAGAGCUCCUUCCUCCCCUGUCGUCAUCAUUGGCACCCACAUCGACAAGAUCAACAAAGAUGAGUAUGACUUACGACGGCUCCAAAUGAGGACCAAGAUCCAGGACAUGUGCCGGAGACCUGGGUUCCCGGUCAACCUGUCUUUCUCCGAGGUCGACUGUUUCAACGAGAAGAUGCUCGCCACGCUCAGGAAGAAGGUGAAGGACCACAUCAACAGUGCUCAACUGAGGGGUCAGAAGAUCAUGGGCGGUCUGGUUCCUCACAACUACGUGCUCCUGUCAGAAGUGGUUCAGCAGGAGAAGAAGAGACUAGCCAAGACCAAGUCCAGGUUCCCAGUCCUCACGUCGGAUCGACUCCAGUUCAUCAUGGCCGCCAGACAACUCGGGAUGGAGAAGGCAGAGCUGGAGCAGGCUAUUCGGUUUCUUCAUGAGUCGGGAGUGCUCCUCCAUUACCCUGACGUAAAGAGCAACCUGGGGAAACUGUAUUUCCUGGAGCCAGAGUGGCUCUGCAGCCUCAUGGCCCAAAUCAUCACCGUCUCGGAGGUCAACCCUCUCGUUGACAAACAAGGACUCCUCCAGGUGCGUUCUCUCUCCCACCUUCUCAAGGAACCCAAGUUCCCCGCCGUCUACAUGAGGGAGUACAUUCAGUUGCUGGAGAGGUUUGAAGUGGUUCUCUCACAGACGGCGCAGACGCUGCUUAUUCCGUCUCGUCUCCCUAAGAGCAAACCACCGUCUGUUCUUCUACCCCCUGCCUCCCCUGGAUGUCAGAUAGUCCGUCGCUAUCUGUUCCUGUACAUUCCUCCUGGUUUCUGGCCCAGACUGGUGGCCCGGCUCAUCACAUUCCCCAAGAGAACCCUCCCACACUACGUCAAGGGAAAUUUGGAGGGAAAACUGGAGGUGUGGUCUGAGGGGAUCUACUACUUCUGGUCUGAGCAAGCCUUCUUCCUGGUGGAAAGUCAAGAAGCCGGAACCAACACUCUGGAUAUUGUGGUUCCCACUACAAUGGUUGGAACAAAGUUGCUGUGUUCGGUGGUUGACAACGUGGAGCAUCUGAUUGACGAGUGGUUUCCUGGUCUGAGGGACAUUGACACCGCCACUGGUAGAGAUCUGGUCUGCCCCCUGGCCCAAUGCCCACAGUGUCCUGUUUCAUGCGAACCUCACUGCUUCGUUCUGAGUGAGCUCCUACAAGUGUCGACGAGUGACGACCACGUGGUGUGUCCCGAACAUGGCGGGAAAGUCGUCCUCGAGCAGCUGGCACCGGACAUUAUCAUCAGUGAUUUGGACUCCAGAUUCAAGGUUCUUCCAUCGGAAUUCUCAAUUGAGGAGAGCUCAGCCAACCUGCUGGGUAGUGGAGGGUUCGGAGCCGUCUACAAGGCCAUGUACAACGGAAAGGCAGUGGCUGUAAAAGUCUUCUCUGACAAAACGGCAAAGAUCAACAACACAACGCCCAACUACCUCCUCAGGCUUGAGGUGUCCAUUCUGUGUCAGCUGGAUCAUCCCCACAUCAUCUCCCUGGUCGGGGUCUGCAUGAGACCCAAACCGAUGAUGCUGCUGGAGUACGCCCAGCUGGGUUCACUGAGGUCGCUACACCCGUACAACCUCCUCACCAACCAGCUGAAACACAGGAUUGCUCUUCAGGUGGCGAGUGCUCUGGCCUACCUGCACAAACAGAACAUCAUCUACAGAGACCUGAAAGCCGACAACGUCCUCAUAUUUUCGCUCAGCCUCGUGGCAAAGGUGAAUGCAAAGCUCUCCGACUACGGUAUAGCCUGCACUGCAACAGAGAGUGGACUCACUCAACCCAUUGGCACCAGAGGCUGCAAGGCUCCUGAGCUUCUCAAGGCCCCUUCCUCCUACACCACCUACAAUGAAAAGGUGGACGUAUAUUCGUAUGGACUCCUGAUGUUCACAGUAAUGUCGAAUGGCCACAAACCUCACGAGGAACUGACCGACCCUUAUGAGAUUGACAAGGCCAUUGAAGAGGGUCGACCGAUCAAAGGUCUGGAGCAGUACGGGUGUCCUCCGUGGCCGGACAUGGAGGACGUGGUCGGCCACUGCCUCCACUAUCUCCCCCACCAGAGACCCUCGGCCCAGGCCGUCUUCCACCGACUCUGCUGCCCGGAGUUCAUCUGCCUCAAGAGAGCCGUCCCCAUGGCCUACGACUGCAAUAUGGAGACUAUCGCUCUCAGGACGUUCAGAGACAAGACAGAGAGUUCUCGCUCUGUCGAAGUAUGGAUGGCCAGCACAAUGGAACAACAGACCAUGCUGUCGAUAGUGAACCUAUCUGAAAGAAUGGCCACUCCAAAGGGGUUCAUGAUACCACUGGUGAAGGUGUACAGCAUGGUCGCAGUCCAGACCAGCCACGUCCUCCUUGGAACCGACUCGGGACUCAUUCUCGUCUACGACGGAUACACACGCAAGAAAUCUCAUCAGUUUUGCCCUCUCCGCGACCCGGUUCUCUCCCUGCAGUUCUUCAAAUGCUCUUCUCUGGGGUCAUACACACUGUAUGCUGGACUGGCCAACGGACAGCUGGCUAGCUACGACGACUAUCUCAUCCCCUGUCCAGAUGCAAAGCCAAGCAACGUGAUGGAGCUUGGGUCGGGGCCAAUCAGGAACAUUUCCCAACACCACGACACACUGUACGUCAGCUGUGGGCCCGAGGUGGUCUUGAUCAGAACUCCACAACUGACCGUGGAGAGCAGAUGGAAGGCUAUCGACGAAUCCAACAGCUACGUGACGUGUAUGGAGCUGUCCCAGGACACGGUGUGGACGUCCCACAAUCGCAGCUCCAUCAUCCACCUCUGGGAUAUGGAGGAUGACCACAAACACAGGGGAGAGAUCAACUGCGACGCCAUGCUCAGGACCUUACUGCCCCACAGUAGCCCAAUUAGCUCCAGAGGGUCAAGGGUCACGUCCAUGCUCCUCCAGCCACACCCACACUCGGUCAUGUGGGUGGGACUUGGCUCUGGCCAGCUCCUCCUAAUUAGUGCCCCCUCUCGUAACCCACUCAUGGUGGUUCAUCGCCACGUCGACGCUAUCAGGGCACUCUGCUGCCAGAAAGUUCCAGUAAGUGACAAGACGCUCCACCUCAUUCUGUCUGCUGGAUUUGGUUUCAGACCUCGACCGGGGGAAUCCACCGCCUCCUUCAAAGGCACACCUGAAAGGUACGGCAGUCUACUGGUGUGGGACGCAAUAAUGCCGCGGUUGAAGCCAACCUUUGAAGACAUGAGCCGACAACAAGAAAUGUAUCGAUGACUUGCACCAAUCGCAAUUAUUUGUAUCUCAUUCGCUUCGUCAAUUUCAUUUCCGUGUUGUGAUUAUUUUCAUGACCGUUUUUUAUCCACCAUAGAGUUUUCGAUGUGUAUGUUGCGCUUAUCAAAAAAAUGAAGGUGCAGUUUAGAGAUGUAGGCUAACUUUGACCAAUCAGGUUUCCCCACCAUCCCCCACUUCUGACCACGCCUCCUCUGCCAACAUGUAGUACUUGUUGGCAAGUUUACCCUUCAUCAUCUCCAUGGCAACCUCGGCCGACUGGGUAUACAGUUCUCCGGCCUUGUUGGGAUCUUUCUCCAAUCGGUGCCCGCCACUGCGGAACAUCUCAGCCAGACGGGCAGUGAUGAUGUAAUCUGGAUUGGCCGACUCUGUUGCCUGGCAACUGGUGUCGGUUGCAUCGCUGGCACCAGACGGCGUUUCCAAGGCUCUGCUGUACCAUUUGGCCGCAUUUUCCCAGUUCUGCUCCCUGACCGCAGAGCUGCCAGUGUCGAGGUGUUUGGCCAGUUCGAUCAUGGCUGCCCUGUGGCCUGCCUCUGCCGCCUGUUGUAGGUACUCCAUCCCUCUCUUCUCUGACUCUGCAGACUCCGUGACUGAGAUGUCCUUGAAACUAUCGUGAGGCAGUUGAAGGUAAAUGCGUGCCAGGGUGUAAAGUGCAGAGGGUAAAGUACAGGCAGCGGCUGUCUCCAAGUGGAACCGCACGGAGGCCAGGUCUGGAACCUGGUCCUGCGAGAACCGACCCAGCUCGUGAUACACAGCGAGCUCCCAGUGGAUCAGGCCCAGUAUCUUCAAGCUGUCCUUUUCACUUGCUCCUUCUCCCUUCUCCUCUCCUCUUUCUCGAGUGAAUUCAGUCUGAACACUGGAAGAGUAGCAGACAGCUGCAUGUGGUGGACCCAUGUACCUCUCACUGCUCUCCGGCCCCAGGGAUGAGGUUUCUUCAAUGGCAUCAUCCUCCCCCAUCUCCCCAUCCUCCCCAUCCUCCCCAGCCCCAUCCUCACUAACACUCAUAAAGUGCUGGUGUGUCAUGGUGAUCCCUGGUGACUCCAGUGGGCUACCGGGAGGCAGGUAACCCAGGGAACCAACUUACCAGUUCUGAGAGGAGGAUUCCGUACGAAGGCCAGUCCAAUUUGCUUAAAGGCGUCCCUGACGGUUGUCUCGCUCCCAGCCUCUAUCCCUCUCCCCCCGUCCUCUCUUUUCCCACGCAUACUAGCCAGCACAGGCUCGCUCUGAGACGGGUGAAUCUUGGUGGCUGCAGAGGACGCUAGCUUCCACUUCCGAUCCUGCAGUCUGUCCAGCUCUUCGCUGCUCAGAUCAAACUGCGUGAGACCCAUUGCCAGGCAGAUGGGGU